GGAAUUAAUUUUCCUGAGAUUAUUCUUACGGUCAAGUCAACUAGUUAACAGUCGGAGCUCAAAUAGUGCACCGAGGCUGCCGGGUUGCCAGACGACACACGUCCAAAAUGAGUCAUCAACUUGUCUUAUAUCAAAAUCAUUAAAUGCGGUUUAAUCAUUGUUUGCAUAAUAUAUUUCAAACAAUAUACUGAUUUAAGCGUCGCAACGCGUUUAUAAAUGGUAGUUCCGAAUUAGUCGUAGAUUAUAACCUUUCUCCCAAACCUCAUUUCCUCCUCUUUAGCUAAGACACUAAAAAAUAUCAACAACAAUUAUAAUACUUGAACUUUAUGUUAAAAAUACGUACAUCCCCCCAGAAGGACUUUGUUUGAGACAUGAGAGUUCCAGCCGACCAAUCUCCUGCAGGAAUAGGAAUUAGAAUAAUCAAACCUAGAAAUGUCAUGCAUUCAGAACUGGACUCGCCCAGUGAGGUGGGAGCAGUCAUCGGUUAUGUGAAAUUAAAAAAAAAAAAAAAGCAAAGAAAACGACAAUCCAUUUCACCAACGGCAUCUCCUUCCUUUGACUUGCCUUCUUCCAAAGCCAUUAAAUGAAAAAAAAAAAAAAUCCCAUAUCUUUCUUAUCAAGAAACUCAAAGCCUGACGAAUUCAAACCCAGCAGCCAUCACCCAUUUCCUCUUUGUCGCUUUAAACCGGUGGCUAAUAGGCUCAAGCGCCAGGCUGGGUAUGCCCCCAGGUUCCAACAGUUCAUCGUUAGCUUUGCUCAGGCAAACCAUCGAAUCACAACAAGAAUGCAAAGAAGUAUUUAUGGUCAUGCAACUGAUGUGGAGAUUCGCCCCUUGGAUGAGGAGAAAGCUGUUCAGGCUGCUGUAGAUCUUAUUGGGGAAGUUUUUGUCUUUGCGGUUGCAGGAGCUCUCUUGAUCUUUGAGGUUCAAAGAAGUUCUAGAUCAGAAGCCAAAAAGGAGGAAGUACGCAGACAAGAAUUGGAGGUAAUAAAGCAACGAAAUGAGAACCUAGCAACAGAAGUGGAACUUCUUAGGCAUAAACUUGAAGAACUGGAGCAACUUGCUAGACGACAGGGACUCAGUGGUAUUUUCAAAUUUAAACAUGCUAAUACGGAGGGCAUAAAUUUGGCAAAGCCAGCUUGAUUGAUCUUAACGGGAGACUUGACGAAUAAGUUAAGUAUUACUUUUUGAUUCCAAUUCUGAUCUAUUAUAGAGUUCCCUGGUCAGCCCCUAACAAGGGAAUCAUUCUCCUUUUUCAUUCUUUUCCACAUUGGGCCAUCUUUUUUGGUCUGGAUUCUGGUUUCACCUGGUCCAUUGAAAGAUUAUACAACCAAAAUUAAUAAGUGUAUCAGGAUAGAGAUUGUAUCACAGUUGCUUUAAUAAGUUUAUAUUCAAGGAAGUCAGUUGGCAUGGUGUGCUAGUUUUAAAGUUUAAACAGAUACAUCAUUCUAAAAUUUACUUUUAUGAAUUGAAAUGUUUAUAGCUUUGCCAGCUAUGAGUGUUAACCUAUCUUUAGAACAGAUUUGCUCUUUACGGAACUCUUUCUCAGCCACACAAAGAGCACAUGGAUGUGCUGGGGGUGGAAGUGGAAGGGUUUAUAUGGGUCCAUUUUUGCUUAAAACUUUGCUGAUAAGUAUUAGGUGCUUUCAGAAUUUGGACAAAUGACAGUAGCCAAUCUAUUUUGGAACUUUGUGGAGGCAUAGUCUUGAUAUUUGAAAGUUUGUUGGUUUUAUGUAGCAUUCCUUUUCUACAUAAUAGAAGGCCUAUAACGUCUAGGAUCAAAGUUUGAGCCAUUUCAAUGGCUAAAGGACUGCUUUAUCUUCAACAGUGAUCAUUCUAUUCUUGAACACAGCCAAUAGGGGUUGGCGCAAGUGGUUAAAGUUUACGAUCUAAAUUCAAAGUGUCUAGGUUUAAACCCUUACAGUCUCUUCUUGGUAGGUUAUCUGUAAGUCCAAAAAAUCCUAAAAAAAAAAAUUGAAAGAAAGAUCCGUAAAUCUCCUUGUGGGUUAGCAAUUUGCUUGGCCUUGAAAAUGGGAUAAUCUCUCCUACUUCUAAACUUUUCUUGACAAAAAAAACGAAAAAAAAGCACAGCUAUCUUUAAAGUCUCAUCUGUAUGAAAGAAGGCAUCAAAACCGCAAAGAACUAGGAAUCUGGUGGGUGGUAGUGGGGAUUGUCUUUAUGCCUUUCUUGUCCAACUCAUCUUUCGCUUUCUUACCCCUACAAAAGGGAUCAUCCCUUUCACAUUUCUUUUUCUUUUAAAAGCGAAUUUCAUGAAUGAGUUGAGCAAAAUCCAACAACAAUAAGAGGUUAAAUCUCGUUCAAUUUAUGAGCCAUGUGCAUUGCUCUUGUUUACCUUAACAAUUAAGAAGUGAACCGAAUUCAAAUCAAAUCCAUUGUAAAGACUUUAGUGGGCACAGGGUCUGAUGGGAAAAUCUAUUAUAAGGACCUAUGUGGGCACUGGGUCUGAUGGAAAUUCGAGAUUCUGACGA